AUGCAAGGAAAUAUAUCACAGAACAAACUGCAAUUGAUGAAGAAAAAUUUUAAUCUUGUUGAUAAGAACAAAGAUAACAAAAUUGACACUGAAGAAUUUAAGAUACUAAUGCAAUUGCUUGGACAGACAAAGACAGAGAAAGAGAUGGACGAGAUAGUGGACAAACAUUUCGAGGAUGAUAAUGGAGACAAGGACACAGCAGAAGAUGAUGGAAAGUCAGAAAUUGGAAAGUCAGAUAAUGGAAUAACAAACGGUGGAAAGUCAGGCGGAGGUGCCUCCCUACCAGCCUCCAAUUUGGCGAAACAAAAAAGCUGCCAGAAAAAUGCCAUGAAAGUGGCACCAAACCAUGAUCGAAUAAAAAAUUUAAUCGCAAAGUUGAACAAUUUUAAUGAUGAUGAAAAAAAAAAAAAAAGCAAUAAUAAUGAAUUGAUGAAAAAAAAAAAAAAACACAUAGAUUUUGAAACGUUUAUGAAAAUAUUUAUUAAUACUUAUACGGAACCUAUUUCUUUGGACGAAUUAAUUAAGUCCUUUGAAUUUUUCGAUAAUGAAAAAAGUGGUUACAUUGAUGAGGAAAAACUGAGAUUUAUUAUUAAAAACACCGAUGAAAGACUUAUGGAUGACGACAUGAAAUUAUUUUUGAAUUCUCUAAAUUUCAGGGAUAAGGACAAAAUUGACUAUGUUAUGUUGGCGAAGCGGCUCAAAAAUGUGACCUAG